GGGAUUGGGCGGCGGCUCUAGCUGGCGGGUCUUGAUUUGCGGAAGGGGCUGGAGUCCUUGCUUCUUGGUGACCGGCGCGAGGCCCGGCCAAUCCCGCCACCGCCACCCACCCGCAACCGCGUCGGUUGACGGGCAGGUCCUUGGUCGCCGGCCCCUUGCGGAGCACCAGAGAGCGGGGUGGCGUCCGCUCCCUCUAGUCCUCGGUGCCGGGGAAUUCACCGCUCACCACCCCCUGCCCCGCCUUCGGUCCUGCUCGGGGACCAAACCACUGGAAGGCAGUGGCGGGAAAGGGGCGCCUGUGCCGGAGGUCCUGAUGAGGGGGGUCCAAGGCUUGGGGACUUGUGCGGGAAAUGUGGGUUUAAGUGCCUUCAAGGUGUUUUUAGUCCGUUGGGAUGUUGAUCAGCGUUCAUAGUGGGCGCUGAUGCAGGUCACCGGGAAGGGAAUGUGUGGGUUUAUGGCCACGCGUAUCUCUUUUAGUCGUAUUUAACUUAGCGGAGUAGCGCUCCAUCCUGGGUUUUGGUUUUUUUUAUUUUUUUAUUUUACAGGGUUUUUCUCAGUGUACAAUGUUUGUUUUUAAAUCCCAGAUGAUCCUGAUGUAAACCAUUGACAUAGCCAGAAAAUCAUGAGGCUGUGAUUUUCCAAACUCAGCUUCAUAACCUACUCUGUGUGAGCUGUGAUUUUUCUACGAUUCUGUUUUUCUCUUUGGGUAUUGGUGGGCCCUGAAUGAUGGACCACCGUUUUCACUCUGUGUCUUUUCAAAGUACACUUGCUGAUCUUAGAACUGUCUGAAGUGUCCUGAGGACAUUUGUAUUCACAUGCCUUUUAAAAGCUAGCCAGAGUCAAUGGCUUCAACUGCAUUUUCCCUUUCAGAGUUGAGGGAACAUGAGCCAUUUGCAGAGCUUAUUGUUAGACACCCUCUUGGGAACCAAGCAUGUGGACAGUGCAGCCCUCAUCAAAAUCCAGGAGCGGAGCCUGUGUGUAGCAUCACCAGGUUUUAAUGUAAUGCCCAGUGAUGUCCGAACACUGGUGAAUGGAUUUGCCAAGAACCCUUUGCAAACCCGAAGAGAAGGAUUGUAUUUCAAGGAAAAGGAUUACAGAUGUGUCCGGGCAGAUGAGUAUUCUCUUUAUGCCAAAAAUGAGAACGCUGGUGUGGUUGUCGUGAAGACCCAUCUGUAUCUUCUGGUGGCAACUUACACUGAGGGCAUGUAUCCUAGUGUCUGUGUGGAAGCCACAGAGAGCCUGGGAGACUACCUAAGAAAAAAAGGAAGUUGAGUCAUCAGAGGCCCAUGAAAGACACUUUUAUUGUUUUAGAAGAAAAUUGGAGAGCCUAAAGAAAAAAUAUUUUAUGGUUGAAAAAACACUAGAUAGAAACCACUAAAAAAGAAGAAUGAAUUAAGGGAGCAAUUUGUAUUACUUCAAGAGAUCCUCUUCUUUCAUUGGAAUUACUUGAUCAACUGUUUUUUUUUUAAUAAGUGUUGGUCAUUGGCAUGGAAUGUGAGAGCACUGAUGAUUUCACAGAGCAUAUCUAUUGGGAGUCUCCUUUCUGCGAGGCUCUUAUACUCCUACACACCUUGCUAAGUAUGCCAAGAAUGUAAGGCUCUCACCACUCUUUAUCCAGGACAUUUCUCAGGGUUAGGUUGCAGCAAGCAACCUUGAAACACGAAGGGAUGUCUCCCAUCAGGACAAAGAGCAAGCUUGCUUACUGUUUGCUAUAAAAGCAGUGGAGUCCCUGAGCUCAGUGUUCCCCUCCUGUAAUACAACUCCCUGCAUGUGU